GCUUAAACUAAUGGCUUUAUUAUUAAUUGUAGAAUCUUAGGAAGAGUAACUUUAUUGAAAUCAUAAUUGUUCUCUCUCCAACCAAUUUUUAUCCUAAAAAUUAAAUGCUUUAAAUCUAAUGUGAAGUCUAUAAACCUUGAAUUCUGAUUGGUCGAUUAUUUUGAUUGGUUAAAUCAACUCGGUGAAGGUCGCCACAAAAGACACACACCAAAAAAAACAACAACAUUUUGUUCUGUUGAAAAGGACGGAGUGAUCAAAAACUACAAAAAAGAAAUAAGAGGAGAAAAUAAUUUAAAUUUAAAGCAAAAACACAUUAUGUAUCUAACUUUUACAUCAUAAAAGGAGUUAUUCAAUAAAAUGAUGUCUAAAGACUGACUGAGGUCAUUUCAUCAACAACAACAAAAAAAAACGCUUUUGUUUUACAAAUGUUUCCUAGCAGUGAAUGCAUUUAGAACUCAGUUAGUAUUCAUUUCAACUGUGUGCUGAAGUGAAAUUCAUUCAAACUUUUUGAAAAAAGAAAAAGAAAAGAAAAAACGAUCUAUGCACAAAACUAGAUUGAAUAGAUUAUUAUUCCAGUUUCCGUUGAAUUUUAUCCUAGUUUAUACUUUAUUGAAUUUUGGCUUACGGUGUUGUUGCGAUAGCUAUGCUGAGCGCUAUAAAACACCGAUAAGGAUAAAUGGUUGGAACACGGAGUGUAUUGAACGCUACAUUAUCAGGGAAUUUAAUCCUCCUGAGCUGCCAAUAAAUAUUAUCUUUAUUUAUCUGACAAUAAUUCAAUCGAAAUUUAAAGAUCAACGGAUUGCCUGGCUGUUGACAUUUGUUGUUCUUUUAUUACAAAUAACCUUCAGCUUAAUUCUACCAUCACUGGAUGAUUUAAUGAAGAAGGUGGAUAUUAAAGCCUGCCUGAAAUAUAUUCAUUAUAAGGCAUAUACUUGUCUAAUUCAUAUAGAUAAUUCUUUGAAAUUCCCCGCUACAGAGGCGAUGAUGCAGGCACCAGCUGGAAUGCCUAAACGACCGGAAUAUUUCACUUCUUAUGAACAAAUGGUGGAUUAUUUAGCAGCAUUAAAUCAAUAUUAUCAAGUGUUUGGUCGUUCAAGUACCUUACAACAGGUUAAGCGAGGUGAACAAGUGUGCUUGCCAGGGAUCGAACUCGAAAUAACUUGACUGACUGGACAUUGAUGGCAAGCCACCCAAUGGCAUGGUAGCCACAUUGCAAACUUGACUGAUAUAACUCAGUCUGCACUAAAGAUAGAAGGACUAGACAUAUUACAAUAGUUACUGAAUGGUGUCCAAUCAAAACAAUACCCAAUACAGUUCUACACGACUGGGUGAUACUGGUUUGAAUCUCAGGAAG